AUGGCCAGUCAAGAAAGGGUCUCUUGUAUCGACAUGGCGGCGGAGAUGGACCAAACUCUCCUGCCAGACCGCCUCGAGCAGCUCGCAGCCCAAGAACCAGACCGCAUCUGGGUGUCGUACGCGGUGAGCCAAGACGUGGCCAGAGACGGCUUCCGCAACCUCACGCUGGCGCAGUACGCGCGGGCGGUGGACCGGCUGGCGUGGCACAUUGAGUCGACGAUGGGCCGGAGCUCCACGUUUUCGACGUUUCUGUACUUUGGCCUCACGGACGUCAGGUACGCCAUCGUGCUCCUGGCGGCCAUCAAGACGGGGCGCAAGGUGCUGUUUUGCUCGCACUUCAACAGCACCUACUUCAACCAGAGCGUGUGCGACAGGACCGGGUGCGACGUGCUCCUCCACUCCGAGGGCGUCGAGUCCACCAUCGAGCCGCUGCUGCAGGCCCGGCCCAUGCGGGCGAUUCAGGCCCCCACCCUCGAGUCCCUGGUGGAGCCCGAGGGGCAGGUGGAGCGGUACCCCUACAGCAAAGAAUUCUCCGUCGCGGUGGACGAGCCCAUGUUUGUCACCCACACCUCGGGGACCACGGGGCUUCCCAAGCCGGUCACCAUGACGCAGCGGUCGCUCGUCAUCGCCAGCGCCUGGGACAAGGUGCCGGACCUGGACGGCAAGCCGCCGGUGGAGAAGGUCAUGCGCAAGGGGCGGCGCUGCUUCAUGGGCUUCCCGCUGUUCCAGUUCUCGGGCGUGGCCAACGGCUUGUGGGAGGUGUUUUACCGCGGCAAGACCCUGGUGCUGCCCUGCAGCCAGCCCGGCUGGGCUCCCCCGGCCACCUUUGAGCAGCUGUUUGAGCACGGCGACUUUGACUGCUUCAUCGGCAUCCCCUACUACCUUGAGCUCGUGGCCAAGUCGCCCCGCAUGAUGGACAUCGUCAGGGACAGGCUCAAGUACAUCAUGUACGGCGGGGCCACCCUCAACCCCGGCACCGGCGACAGGCUGGCCGCCCUCUGCCCCUUCUUCAGCUGCAUAGGCUCCACCGAGAGCGGCGUGGCCUUUACGCACCUGAUCGACCGCCAGGACUGGGCCUGGUUCUGCUUCAACGAGGAGCAGAGCGGCAUCGUGUGGGAGAGGCAGGAGAUCCAGGGCGUCGAGGACGGCGCCGGCGUCUACGAGCUGACCUACGUCAAGAACCCGCUGGUGGCCAGGUCGCAGCCCAUCUUUUGGCACACGAGCCGCGGCGACACCAUCAAGACGGACGACCUGUUCGUCAAGCACCCGACCAAAAACCACCUGUGGCGGUACUACGCGCGCAAGGACGACAUGGUGGUGACCAAGUACGGCUGGAACAUCAACCCCGUCAUGGUCGAGUACGAAAUCGCCCGCCACCCCUCGGUCAAGGCCGUCGUGGUGGGCGGCGCCGGCAGGGAGGCCAUCUUUGCCAUAGUGGAGCUCGUCGAGUCGCACGGGCCGCCAGAGGCCACGCUCGACGAGGUCUGGGCCGCCGUCGAGGGCGAGACCAACGCCAAGCUGGACAAGAUCGCCCAGCUCGACAAGAAGAGGCUCAUCCUGGCCGACGGCAAGACCAAGCCCCUGCCGCUGACGCCCAAGGGCAACGUGGUUCGGGGUCCCGCCCUGAAGCUGUACGAGGCCGAGAUUGAGGAAAUGUACGAGCGCACCGCCGACCCCACGGUGGGGUGGGCCACCUCCAAGAGGAAGGGCGACGACGUGGUCUCCUCUUCUCCACCAAAGACCUCGCGGGUCAAUCCGCCCGUCACAGUCGCGGAAAUAAUUGCCGCGUAGGGAAGGUUAGAUGUUAGGUUUGAGCAAGGAUCGUGGGGGUGGGGGGGAUGGGAUGACUUUCUGGUAACGGGCGUCUAAUAUUACACAGUACACGUGCCUUGCUACAUUGCCGUGACCAGUACCAUCUGUCUAGACUAUCUAGUAUUAUUCUAGCCACGCAUCAUACAUAGGCUUGACACGCGAC